GGUUACCCAGUUUCAGCCUAACAUUGUUAUUUUAGAGGUUGGGACAAAUGACUUAACCUUGGGAAAACCCGAAACUGUGGGAUCGAGAAUUGACGAUCUAGUGCGCAUGUUGCUCGGGGUUCCAUCCGUCAGAGUUGUCGGCGUGUGUUUGGUAACCAAUCGGGCCUCUUCUCCAAAAUUUAAUGAGAAG